AUGGCCGGCCCGCUAGCAAGCCCGCACCUCCACCGCGAGCUCACCGCAUCACAGUUCCUCGACGUCUGGCGGCACUUCGACGCGGACGGUCAGAAAUGGCUUACAUCGAAGGCAAAGAGCUUGGAAAACUUCUUCCAGGAGCUGGAAAGUGCGAGGAAGGGGCGGGUGUUGGACCCCAAGAAGGACAACUUGGGUGACAAGAUGAGGAGUUCAGUGCACAAGUACGACAAAACUCGGAUGGCAGAAUUGAUGAUGGCAGAGCUGGCCCAGAUCCUGCCCACGGAGGAGAAUUUCCUGCUGUGUUUCCGCCAGCACGUGGGCUCCAGCUCGGAGUUCAUGGAGGCCUGGCGCAGGUACGACACCGACCGCAGCGGCUACAUCGAAGCCAACGAGCUGAAGGGCUUCUUGUCGGACCUGCUGAAGAAGGCAAACAGACACUACGAUGAGCCCAAGCUGCAGGAGUACACCCAGACCAUCCUGCGGAUGUUUGACAUGAAUGGUGAUGGGAAGCUGGGCCUCUCCGAGAUGUCCCGACUUUUGCCUGUGCAGGAAAACUUCCUUCUGAAGUUCCAGGGGAUGAAGCUGUCCUCGGAGGAGUUCAAUGCCAUCUUCAACUUCUACGACAAGGAUGGCAGUGGCUUCAUUGAUGAGAACGAGCUGGAUGCACUUUUGAAAGACCUCUCUGAGAAGAACAAAAAAGAGAUGAACAUCCAGCAGCUCACCAGCUACAGGAAGAGCAUCAUGAACCUCUCGGAUGGGGGCAAACUCUACCGCAAGGAGCUGGAGCUGGUGCUCUGCAAUGAGCCCCCCCAUCUCUUGAGUUUGCUGUAG